GCCGGCAGAGGGAGGUCACAUGACGCGCUGCCGCCAAUCAGUGCAGCCGUAGAAUGAGGUCGCUGCACACAAAGGGCCCCAAUACUGCAGCAGCAGAGCCAUCGCAGGACACCCCGGAGGCGGCGGAUGAUGGAGAUGACCCGAGACAAGAAACACGUGAUAGAGAGGAUCUUACAUCACGCCAUAGACAUGGUCUUCCUGCUGACCGGAGCGGAUUAUUUAACCAUGAAGAGAAAUGGGGAGCAGGUCCAAGAACAUUUCUCCAAGAGCCAGAAGCGUACGGAUGACAUACAGGAGAAGCCAGACGUGACCACGCUUAUGUUGGAGAAGAUAGUGGAACACGCCUCCGUUAUCAUCCAUCUGCUGACUGGAGACGUCUUCCUGAAGGAGUGGGAGUUUAUAGAAGGACGCAAGGAGGUGUUCAAGUUCGUGACGCUGGAGAAUAACCGGCUACUUGGAUCUCCGGACAGUGAGGCCUGGCUACCAGUGGAAGGUCCAUUUCACAACCAUCACCCUACAAAAGGCUGGUUUACCAAAGAUAUAAUUAGUGAAAAGAGAACUGCAGCCCAGAACAGGACAAUCACCCUGAAGAAAUCAGCGGUGGAGCUAGAGUGUGAGAGACGGAACCCAGCCGACUCUAGGUCUAAACGCAACCAGUUUGUUUCCAGUAUUGGUGAUAGCGACGCUUCUGAGAUCAUCAUUAAAGAAGAAGCCAUGGGCGAUGAAGGCGAGAACGCUCUGGAUCACUGUGCAGACGAAACGCAGCAGAAAAUCUAUGAAAAUCACCGAGACUUUGUUUGCUCUAUAAGCGGCCAAAUAAUCUCCUCUAACUCUCAUUUGGUCAUCCAUCAGAACAGACGGAGGAAGGAAGGAGGGCAUGUGUGUGGGGAGUGUGGGAAAGUCUUUUCUCGGAAUCUGCACCUCACCAUCCACCAACGGACCCACACCGGAGAAAGGCCGUAUGGGUGCAAGGAAUGCGGCAAGCGUUUUACCUCCAGCUCCCACCUUGUGAGCCACCAGAAAACCCACACGGGAGAGAGGCCGUUUGUCUGCGGCAGCUGCGGGAAACGUUACACCCGCAGGUCGAACCUUGUUAGUCACCAGCGGACCCACACUGGGGAGCGGCCGUUUGUGUGCAGUGACUGUGGCAAAAGCUUCACCCACCGAUCACACUAUGUGGAUCACCGCAAAAUGCACACGAACGGUGGUGCACAUAUCUGCUCUGACUGCGGGAAGUCUUUUACCCGUAGCCUCCACCUCGCCAUUCAUAAGAGAAGCCACACGGGAGAGAGACCUUUUGCUUGCACUGUGUGCGGUAAGAGUUUUGUCUGCAGUUCGCACCUUGCCAGUCACCAGAUGAUACACUCUGGGGAAAAGCCGUACUCGUGCGGAACGUGCAGGAAGAAAUUCACCUACAGGUCAAAUCUUGUGAUGCACCAGAAGACACACGCCGGGUAGCAGAGAUACCAGUAGAUUUCAGUUCAGACCACGGAAUGCCACAGGCGUGUCCAAUACAAUAUUUCAAAAUAAUACAUUAUUCAAAUGAGCUUUUCAACAUCAGUGAUAUAUUCCUAUUGACUACACUUUAUUGCAGGCUUGGCCAGCCUCGGACUCUCCAGCUAAUGUGAAACUGCAAGUACCAGCAUGCCCUGCCACAGUUAGGGAAUGCUAAAACGUUGGCAGGCAUGCUGGGAUUUGUAGUUUCACAACAGCUGGAGAGCCACAGGUUGGCCAGGCUUGCUUUAUUGUAUUAGGGGGAAAAAACACAAAUAUGUAUAAUAUUAAACCUCCACGGGCAUUAACACAUGACUUCAGUAUUGGGCAAUAAAACACACAUUUACUUUCCAUUCUCUGCUUUUGCAGAUAACAAUCUCAUUCUCAGGUUUAAGAGGAAACAAAGUACUAGAUGGGCCAAGGGGUUCUUAUCUUCCGGCAAGAUCUAUGUUUAUGUCUUAUGAGGAAACAAAGGUAUUUUGGGGCCCAUUUAUCAACGAGUGAUAAAACGCGUGAAUGAUAAAACUCGUUGCGUAUGAUGGUGCUCCAGCCAACCAGCUCCCAACUGUCAUUUUUCACACACAUGACCGUUGAGAGCUGAACACGACAGUUGGGAGCUGAUUGGCUGGAGCGCCAUUUAUCAUAUGCAACAAGUUUUAUCACUGGUUGAUAAAUGAGCCGCUUUGUGUUAACAGAGUGUGUUAGCAAUUUGCAGAGUUCUGCACUUACCCUAUGAGCAACUAAAUAGUUUUCUCAGGAAAUUAAAUGAAUUGAUAUCCAAAGGAAGAAGUCGUACAACUGUUCUCAACGUUAGUUAUUCUGUACAUUGUUUUGGUGUUUUUAUUGUCAUUUUGUAUCUAUAAAACCAAAGAAAUUUGAGAGAGACAUGUCCAGCAUCUAAAGUCUGAGAAUGGGCCACAGUCUGAAGUUACACGUACACGUACAAUAUAUAACACGAGGUGUAAGUGCUACUUCCUGGUUAUUUAAACCCAUUGACGUCCACCUGUCUGGAACAGUACAAAAUGUAGUCCGAUGGUUUUGACAGCUCUUUUCGUUUCAUAUGUUUAGAAUGCUAAAAUCAGCUUUUCAUCUUUCCUGUCUGGCUGAUAACAGAAAUGUGUUUGUGUAUUCCUCACACGUUUCUAAAAGACUGGACCUUUCCGGUUAUGCCGAUGAGACCGGACAACUGUCGUGCGAUCCCGCUAAUGACUAGUUAGGCAAUAGGAAGUUUUUAAUUAGAUUAAAUGGGUCAUCAUUGGGGUGAAAAAAGUGGGCCAAAACUACCCCAAAACAAUUUUUUUUAGAUAUAUUUGUAUGCACCCCAAAUGUAACUAAAUAAUUUAAAUUUAAAACCAAUUUAAAAAAAAAUCUUUUUCUUAAUUUUUUUUUUUUACAAACUUUUUAAUUGGGUUCAAAUGACAUCAAAAUAAGCGUUUUUGUUUUUUUUAGGCCACCCAAAUUUAAAAUAUUUAAAUUAUUUUUUUUAAAGUGGUCUCUUUCAACUUUUUCAUUUUAUUAUUUUUUAUUUUAUUUCAUUAAAUGAAAAAAGUUUGCUGUUUUUUAUAAAUUUAAAAAAAAUGUUUUUAAAAUAUGUUCAAUUCAGCCAUUGUAAACAUCUUUAAAGCUCAUAUUUUUUUUAUUUUUAAUUUUGGGACAGUGCUUAAAAUCUAUUAUUUUUUUACUGAUGUACUCGCCCCUGCUGGUUUCUGUACCAUAUGAUUCAAACAUAUCUGACGACAGUGAUGCAUUUGUCAGUGUUUUUAGCAAAUGUUCACUAGCAAUAAUUAUUGUUACAGAGAGUAGAAGCUGUAAGACAAGCUACAAGGAUCAGUUUUUCUCAUGUCUCCAUUUUUGGAAAUAUCUCUUCUUUUAUUUUAAAACAAUUGUCUAACUAUCUAUUCUCCUUAAUGGAAUAAGGAAACAUGUCUUCGGCUCACAGCAGAAUAAAUUAUGUUCAUUCAUUAGAUAAUCAGCGUGAAUAUAUUUGGCAUUCCCGGUGCUAUCUCUAUACAAAUACUGCCUUUUUUAUUUUCAUGGUUUUUUGUUUAAAUAAAAAAUAAGCUUUUAAUCUUACUUAAUUGUUCUUCCAGUGUUUCUCAAAAAUUGACUAAAUACUAACAAAUGUUUUACGCAGGAUUUCUGAACAUCACAAUGAAGGAAAAGUGUAUUGCCAAAUUGUUCAACGUAAAUUUCUUGGGCCGUUGUACAUGGAUUAUUUUGCUGUAAUAUUAUCUUGUACCUGUGUCUAAUAUGCUAUUUUUUUUUUAAUGAAACAUAAAGAGCGGAAGUCACACAAACUACGUUGUUUUUUUAGCUUUUUAAAAAACUAAAAGUGUUACGAAUCUUCUUAAUUCCGUUAUAUUCACGAAGAAGGUUAUUAAAUAAAUAUGUUAAUUUGUGUUUAAACAACUUGUAAAAGAGAAAAGUAAAUAUUUUAUUUAUAACAUGGAACUUUAAAUAUUUGUUCAA